AUGUCCCUAACAACUUCAGCUUCCAGCUUCAUUUCAAAGAUCGAGGUCUUCCGCGUGCCUCCACGCUGGCUCUUUGUGCGUAUUGAGACAGCCGAUGGGUUUGUUGGCUGGGGAGAAUCCACCCUGGAAGGACACACCGAAGCAAUUGAAGGCGCUUUCGCUGACCUUGCACAGCGUUUCCUUGGUUGGGAUGCAGAUGGUAUCGAAGAUAUCUGGCAGACUGCGUACCGCGCUCGGUUUUAUCGUGGUGGACCUGUUUUAAUGUCAGCUCUGUCUGGCCUUGAUAUUGCGCUCUGGGAUAUCAAGGGCAAGAAGCUCGGAGUUCCCGUGUGGCAGCUUCUAGGUGGUAAAGUCAGGGAUCGUGUUCGUGUGUAUGGAUGGAUUGGUGGCGACCAUCCGAGUGCUGUCCGUGAAGCAGCACGUGAGCGCAAAGAGCAAGGAUUCACUGCUGUAAAAAUGAAUGCCACCGAGGCUCUCGUGUGGCUUGACUCCCCCGAGCUCUUAAAAGGGACAGUGGAACGCGUGCGUGAAGUUCGCGCGUUAGGGAUGGAUGUCGGAGUAGACUUUCAUGGACGGGUGCACAAGGGUAUGGCUCGCCAGCUCGCCAAGCUUCUUGAGGGCGAGGGUGUCUUAUUCAUCGAGGAACCCCUUCUGCCUACUCAACCUUCGGAAUUUGCGGACCUUGGGCGUCUCGUCUCCACUCCUAUUGCUGCUGGGGAGCGGCUCUACUCGCGACAUGAAUUUCGCCCUUACUUCGAAGGACAUGCGCUAGAUGUCGCACAACCAGACGUAUCCCAUUGCGGUGGAAUAUCGGAGUUGGCACGUAUCGCAUCUAUGGCAGAAACGUACGACGUCGCACUUGCCCCGCACUGUCCGCUAGGACCGAUUGCUUUGGCUGCAUGUAUUGCUGUAGGCGUAUCGAAGCUCAAUUAUUUUAUUCAAGAAAUGAGCUGGCAGAUGCAUUACAACAGUGAUGAUGCAGACCUCUUCACGUAUCUCGCAGAUCCGAGUGUGUUUGCUGUGAAGGAUGGAUAUAUCACAACUCCCAGCGGACCUGGAUUGGGUAUCAUUAUCAACGAGGAACUUGUUCGUACCCGUGCCAAGGAACAUAGUCGAGCUGGUGUUGAGGCGUGGCGUAACCCGAUAUGGAGGGGAGAGGAUGGAAGCAUUAGGGAGUGGUAAAAUUUCAUUUCACUACUUAGCCGCGAGAAAACAUCAGGAAAUCGCAACUUGUACAGUUUAGUCAACAGGCAUAGAUAACAAUCUUCGACUAUGCAGUGCUAGGAAAAUACAUUCAGAUGUCACAUGUAUAUGUACCUUGUUGCGCACUAAGCCAGAACUUCCCGCAGUACAUCCACGAUCUUCUCCACUUCCUCAAUGGUGUUAUAGUGGACAAAUGAGAUGCGGACGACUCCGUCAUUCAUGUCCAACUUUGGGCGUAAAUUAUCAAUAAGAUAAUACGCACCGAAGUAGCCGCAUUGAAUUGAAAU